CGCGGACCAGCCAAUCGGCAUGCGCGUCAGCAGCGCAUCCCGGAAAUAAGACGCUCAAAUCGAAAAAGAGCGCCUUGAAUCCAAGUUGGAGACGUUACCUGAAGUGUACCCCUGCCUGCUGUGGUCAUGAGUUUCUCUCCCGGCCCAUCCGGUCCCCUCGGGGGGACCAAUAUCCAGGAGCAGAGGGACCGCUGGGAGAGAAAACGCAGUCGGACAGCCAGAGAGUUGGUGCAGACUGAACAACGCUAUUGCCAGCAGCUGGAGCUUGUCACCACCUACUUUGUGGAGAUCCUAAAGGCCAAAGGAACCCUGAAGCAGGACAUUAGAGAAAGCAUCUUCAGCUCAAUUAAAGCCAUUCAUUCAGUAAACCAAUCUUUGCUGGUCCAUCUGGAGAAUGGCUACUUCGGCCGAGGCUUUGACCAGAUGUGUCCACAUCUGCAACACUACAACACGUAUGUGGACAACAUCUACAAUGGCAGCAGAGUGCUCGGGAUCCAAAUGAAGAAAAACAAGCCCUUCAGACGGUUUAAGAAACUCCAGGAAGCCCGGCCAGAAUUCAACAAUCAUAAGCUUGAGGAUUUACUCCAACUUCCCAUCCAGCGGAUCCAUCAGUAUAAACAUUUCCUACAGGACCUGACUGCCAACACGAGUCCAGACAACCCGGAGUUUCCGCAGCUUUCAAGGGCGGUGGAUGCGGUGAACGAGGUGUUCCAGCGUAUCCAGAACAAUACCAGGCGCCAUGAGAACCACCUUCAGCUAUGCAGGGUGCAAAAACUGCUGAAAGGGAAAAAGACAAAGGUGUUGGCUGAAGGGAGAUGGUACAUCCGCGAGGGCUGGCUUACGGUGGUUCCUCCUAAAGGGGCGGACACGACGCCCAGGAUGUUCUUCCUGUUCUCCGACAUGCUGCUGCAGGCCAAGUUGCAGCUCACCAGCAGAGACAAGUUUGCAGGCCAGCACGCCUACCCCCUGCAGGGCUGCAGCGUGGAGAAGGUGUUUGGCCACACCAGGAGCCAGGGAGGUCUGCUCAGUUUAACCUUCCCCAAAGCCAAACUCCUGCUGAUGUCCUGCAACCAGGAGGAUCUCAACGACUGGUUCCAAAGCCUGAGCGCAGCUAUUGGGAAGCUGCAGGGUAAGCAGACGCUGGUCCAUCAGAGGGAGGUUGAGUUGUGCCGAAGACCCCUCCGCUCAGCCGUCGUGUGCCACAACACGCCAAGCAGCAGCAGGAAGAGAAACAUGGGGAGCUCUGAGACCAAUGAACAUGCUCAGGAGCCUCCAGUUGAGCUUGAGGGCAGCGUCGCCAAGAGGAUGAAGCCGACUAACGCUCCAGAGCACAGCAGUGCUGCAGAGGCCUCCUUGUCCAGCUGUGUGAUCCUCUAAAUGACUUCAGUCUGGGGGAAUGGACAAUCUGUCUGACCUAUUCACUCAGUUUGGCCAAACAUGACGCACAUGCCUGCGCUGUUAACGCUUUUUUAGUUUGAGGGUUUGGAUUAUCACUAACUGCAGCUUCUGCUCAUCCUGGACAUGAAACACUCUCAAUCUGUCGCUUUAAAUACCAAAUAUGUGAUGAAAGUUUACUGAAAGCAGUGUACUUCUGCUUGUCUACACAAAUGUAAAACCCACAGCAGCAGUCCACCAGCAUCCCGAUUCUGUUCAAUCAUGUCUUCCCUGAUAGAAGGGGUAAGAGAUGUGUGUGAGGUUUACGUCACCAUUUUUAAAAGCAACCAUAGCAGUCAUGUUGCAUUCAUGUCAUACAAUAUUUACCAAAAGAUUAUUUGUCAUAACAGUUUUUAUGCAUUUAGUUAAGAUUUAGUUUAUCAAUAGAAAUAUGUAUUUGACACUUGUAUUCCAUGUUCAUUUUCAUAGACGGUUGGUUUACACCAAUUACUCGUCAGAUUUGGGCCAAAAAGUGACACAAAUAAACAUUUGAAAAAUGUCAUUUUGAAAUAAAAAGAGCUACAAUACAUUAUUACAUUAAUUAUUAUCAUAUAUCAUGUCUUAUUCAAUAUUGGGAAAUAUAGCAUUCUAUGAUUACAAGUGGGAAUGUAUUCUUCCACCAUUACAUGGCUGGUCACUAGCAUUAGUUUGCUAAAUUUAAAAUGUGGCACAACGCGUUCCUUCAGGCCUUAUACUGAAGCCUGAUAAUAUUAUUUAUUGAUUUCUAUUGUGAGGCAAUGAGAAUUUCAACAGAUAGAACAAGAGAAUGCUUUCCUCAGCUUGCUUUGAGCAAAUGUAGUAAUUAGCACACUAUCUAUUAAAGUGAGCGAAUCACAGAUUGCAUUGCUCAGCUAGAUAUCUGCUCAGUGUACACUCCAUAUUACCCCAUAUUUGCUGUUGCUGCAGGGACCCACUCACAUGAAUGUCCUGUCUCUGCCCCCCUCCUUGGCAUUACGGCCUCACACCUACGUGAUCAUUUCUUCAGAUGUACUAUUCUUGUAAUGUUUGAUUUCAUUGUUUUUAUUUGAUAGCUUUUACAUUCACAUAUAAAUUAUUAUGAUCAUAAUUGGUGGAAUGAGUGCAUUUAAUCAGCUGCAUGCUAUUCUAGAAAUGAUCUCUGUCAAGUAUCUGCAUGCGGGCAAGAAACCCUGUUUAACUGAUGCAAUGUUUUUAUUACAUUAUCCAUUAUCGUUUUAUCUUUUAUUACCAAAUCAAAUAUAUUAUAUACUCUUUUGUGUUUCAUUAACACUGCAUUUUACGGAUCACUUUUAAUGUGUGACACCUUUUUGCUAUGUAAAGCUUUAACACAGUGUACAAAUCAUGAAUUUAGAAGGAUAUGAUUUAUAUUUCCAGAAUAAAAGUCUAAAACAAGUAA